CCACUCAUUCGGACGUGACCAAAAAAAGAGAAGGAAAUUUAGAGCUAGCAUUAACUAAACUUAGCCAAUACAACAAAACAAACGUCAUUCAUCUUCUCUCCCAAAAAAACAAAAACAUAGAUAGUUCCAAUUCUUAUAAUCUCAAUCUCUUUAAAAUGGCAACCUCUAACUUUGAAUCCAUUCGAGCUAGAGCUGUGUGGCGGACUUGUCUAGCCCCCGCCUUUCGGACCGCCUUGGCUUGUUCCAUAGUUGGGGUAGCCACCCUUUUCGGCCCCGAAUGUUUCAAGACCCAAGUCGCAUUCCCCGCUUUUUCCUACGUUACGGUUAUUCUCGUCGUGACUAAUGCCACGUUAGGUGACACUUUGCGUAGUUGUUGGCUCGCUAUUUACGCCACGAUUGAAGGUGUUUGCCCUGCUAUACUGAGCCUGUGGUUGAUCGGGCCGGCCCGGCUCACAGCCAGCACCACGGCUACUGCCGUGGCACUGAGCGCGUUCGUGGUGGUCCUGCCCGAAAACACUCACUUGAUAGCGAAGCGCAUAGCGCUAGGUCAACUAGUGAUUGUGUAUGUCAUAGCUUAUAUUAACGGUGGGCAAACGAAACAGGUUAUGCACCCGGUUCACGUCGCGGCUAGCACGGCCGUUGGAGUGGUGGCUUGUGUUUUAGCAUUGUUGCUUCCCUAUCCCAACCUUGCUUGUUGUGAGGUAAAAGAGAAAAGCAGGCUCUUCGUGGAAAAUGCUGCCGAGAGGAUUAAUCUAUUUGUGAAGGCUUUUUCGGCUGAAGACAACACUUCGGCACUUGCUUUAAUUUCCCAAGCCAAGUCCUUAGUUAUCAAUGGACCCAAACUUCUCCAAGCUAUUAAAUCCAAGCAAGAAAGCAUGAAGUGGGAAAGAUUUCCUUUCAAGUUCUUAAGACCAUAUGGAGAGAAUCCAGGGGAAAAAUUUCAAGAAAUCCAAGCACCCUUAAGAGGGAUGGAAAUUGCAUUAGAAAAUUCCUCUCCAUUUCCAGUUAGCAUUCUCAACACAGAGCUAAAAUAUGGUCUAGAAAAACUAGGAGAUCACAUCUCAAAGCAAAUCAAGAACAUGUCCCUUGACGAGUCCGCGACUGUCCCGGAGUCAAACGCACAUGACGCAGAAAAGUUCCUCCAAACACUUCAAACACUUCAACCAACGAAAAAAGACCUACCGUCUUUAUUUUUCCUCUUUUGCCUAAAAUUGUUGUUAAACAAACAAAUUUCCCCUUUAUCAGCCAAACAAGAAGAAUACAUUGGUUCCAACAAACAAAUUGAUCAUCAUCAAGAGGGAUUUAUGAGAAAGUUAUGGAACAAGUUGGCAAUUACUAUAAAUAGUAGAAGAUUUAUGGCAGCUUUUAAAUGUUCACUUUCAUUAGGCCUUUCAAUACUUCUUGGAUCAAUUUAUAGCAAGGAAAAUGGAUUUUGGGCAGGGCUACCAGUUGCAAUAAGCCUAGCAGCAACAAGAGAAGCAACAUUUAAAGUUGCUAAUGUUAAAUUACAAGGGACAGUGUUGGGAACAGUAUAUGGUGUCUUGGGAUGUUUUGUUUUUGAAAGAUUUGUGCAAAUAAGGUUGUUGUCUUUGCUUCCUUGGUUCAUAGUCAGCAGCUUUCUGAGCCGUAGCCGGAUGUACGGCCAGGCAGGUGGAAUUUCAGCAGUUAUUGGAGCAGUACUAAUUCUAGGUAGACAAGGAUUUGGUCCCCCAAGUGAAUUUGGGAUAGCAAGAAUCACAGAGACCUUCAUUGGAUUAUCAUGUUCCAUCAUGGUUGAAAUUUUGUUCAACCCAACAAGAGCUUCAACAUUAGUUAAAAUCCAGCUUUCCAACACCUUCAAAACCUUACACCAAUGCAUCGACUCAAUUACCUUUUCUUCCUCUAACAAAAACAACUUGGAGGAUAUCCAUAAGAAUCUAAAGUUCCACGUAAAUGAAUUGGGAAAAUUCAUAGCGGAAGCUGAGGCAGAGCCCAACUUUUGGUUUUUGCCUUUUAGUAGUGGUUGCUAUGGUAAGGUCAUGGAGUCCUUGUCAAAGAUGAUGGAUUAUGUACUUUUUGGGUCACAAGCACUAAGAUUCCUCCAACAACAUUCGACAAGUUCAGUCGACUGGAACAACCUGGAUAAUGACCUCAUGCUUUAUAAGGAUUUAAUCGGCACAUCCACUAAAUGUUACGCGGAGGUGAGUUUGGUAAAAUCACUUGCUAUACUUGACAAGGAAUUCGAGAAAAAGAAACUGCCAAUAGAUCUUGAGUUGGGAAAAUCAUCAUCAUAUAAUAUAAGGGCAUCAUCAAGUGAAGAGGGGAUUUUAAAUUCUUAUCUUCAACAUUCAAAUGAACUUGCGGAUUUUAUAGUCAAUGUUGAUAGUAAUAAAAGUGAUGAGAAACUUAAACGCCAAUUGGUUUUAAGUUUGAGCGCUUUGGGUUUUUGCAUGGAGAGUCUUGUGAAGGAGACUAAAGAAACAGAGAAGGCAAUUAAAGAAAUUGUACAGUGGGAGAACCCAUCGUGUCAUGUAAAUUUGUAUGACAUUGCUUGUAAAGUAAGGGCUUUAGCUAAUACUGAAACAAAUUUAAAUGAAUGAAAUUUCAAAAA